AUGCAGAAUCAGCAAGUAUCUUUGCACAUUUCUUCCUCGUCGCGAUUUCAUUCGCCCGAUAAAUAUGAAUUGUAUACUCACCGGUCGUCAAUACCGAUUCGUUACGCACUCUCUCCUUACCAACAACCUGACACGAUCACUCCGAAAACACAGUAUAUUACCACCGAGUUUAUUGACGACGUAAUAAAUUCCGUGAUAACGAGCGAUGAGAGGAAGAAAUAUGAGUCAAAACUUUAUCUCCCACUCCACGACCUCAUAUUUCCCAGCAACCGACUCAGGCGAACGACAACGCGAUGCCAAAACAGCUUCAUAAUCUUUAGAAAAGACUAUCAAGCGAGAGUUAUAGCGGAACAUGGUCCAAAGAUAGGAUCAAAACUCCAGGAGAUUUCUCGCAAGGCGAGUCAAAUUUGGGGAAAAUGUUCUCCAGAGGACAGAUACAUGUAUGACCAAAUUGCCUUAUGCACCAAAAAACUGCAUGGCAAGUUGUGGUCAAAUUGUGACGUUCGUAGAGCCACACGAAGGCAAGGUGUCAACUAUGGUAACUACGGUUAUGGCGAAAUAACCGAAGGUUGUUCGGCAACAUUUUUUACACAAGAUUCCAAUGAAAUUCCGAGUUAUCACGACGAUCCCCACCUCUCAAAAUCAAAAUUCGUUGGACAAAAUUCAUCAAGAACCCGAUUGGAAAUUAAUUCCCUAUCGUCCUAUGAUAAGGCAUUAGUUGAAUCGAUUAACAAGAGUGUUCGGAUUUAA